UGUUAGUCCUGUAUUGUCAUUUGUUUUGCCCGCAAGCUUUCUAUAUUGUUUUGAUUUUAUGUUCGGCGAGCGCUGUGUGAACUAUCGAAAGUCAAUUUUUUGGCGCUCUUAUCUACAAAUAUCCGUUCUUAUUUGUGGGAAUACGGAAAAUCCUGUUAGGCCAAACAUGUUAGCAAAAACAUGUGAACCAGAUGAAGACGAGAUGCAGUAAUGAAUGCUGAUAACAGUCGUCUAGCAGAAGGUGUUGAAUAAUAAUGUUUAAAGCUGUAACCGGUGUAUUAUUUCAUUUGCUGCUAUUUUCAGAUGGACUACAACUUAAUUUCGGAGACUGCCCUGUAUUCCUUUACGAGCGCUGCACUCACAGCGAAAGCGUAAAAUUCAUUCUUUCAAUUCAGUCCCACAAUCAAACAGCAUUUUAUUACUUGGAUCCCUUCAGUCCAGAUUUACCAGCUGAGUUUAACAAUUACGUACCUCUAAAAAUUGUCAUACAUGGUUAUGGUGGUUUGGACCUUGAUCCUAGCACGACGAGUAUAAUAGAAGCUUACGAAAAUAUAGGAUAUAACGUUAUAACUGUUGAUUGGAAACCUCUCGCUGAAAUACCAUGCUACGCCACUGCUUAUCUCAAUACGUGGCAUGUAGCUCAAUGCCUUUCCAUACUUGUCGUAAGCCUAAUGCCGUUAGGCAUAAAUCCAAAAUCCAUUCAUGUGGUUGGAUUCAGUUUAGGAGCACACAUUUCUGGAUUGGCCGGUAACAAUUUGCAAAAAGUGUUGGGAACUUCAUUCUCCAGAAUCACAGGUUUAGAUCCAGCUCUUCCAUUUUUCGCUACGUUAAGUAACGACUGGAAACUGGAUAAAUCUGAUGCCGAUUUUGUGGAUGUUAUUCAUACUAGUGCGGGAACUUUUGGCAAAGUCGAAGCUACUGGUCACGCAGACUUCUAUGUUAACGGAGGAGUUCUACAACCAGCCUGUAUAUCUCGAAGAUAUCCGCCACUUUGCAGCCAUAUAAUGGCAGGAUUGUACUUUGCAGAAUCCAUAAAGAGCUCAGUGGAAGGAGGAAACUCUUUUAUAGCUAAACCAUGUGAAAAUAUAGUACAAUACUUUUUAGGACUAUGUGGCAAUUCAGAGAAAUUAGCCGUUAUGGGAGAGAACACUUAUUAUUUAACCAGAGGCUCGUACUUCCUAGAAACGAACGAUAAAGCUCCAUAUGCAUUAGGUUUUAAGUCGUAUUAUUAUAAGAACAAACUUAUUAGUAAGAAGUCUGCUGUUGAUAGGAAUUAUUUAAGGGAUGUUGUAAACUCAAUUUGUUGAAAGUAAAAAGGUAUAACAAUUAA